AUGAAUGAGAAAGGGGAACCAACCUUCUACUCACAUUCCCAUCAGACGUGGUCGACCAUAGACCUCACCUUCAUCAAUCCAAAAGCGGCAGAACACGACGCAGCCAAACAUUGGAGAGUGGACCAAACAAAGGCAUUCGGCUCAGACCACUUUGCGCUGAGAUGGGAGCUAGACUACGGCAAAAGAGAAAUCGAAAAUCUCACAGGUAAACAUUUCAACUUCAAGGAUGCUGACCCUCAGAAGUGGAAGGAGGCUUUCAAGAAAGUGAUUGAGUCGAACAAUGCUGAUCUCAUGCCGCUGCUCGACCUGAAGGCCACCUUCACAGUGGCCCAACUCGACAAGGCAACAACACAGGUAACGAAAGCGAUGCAGGAGACUAACGAAACCACAGUGCCCACACGGAAACCCCACGAUCGGGCAAGGCCAUGGUGGAACAAGGAGUUAGACAAAGCCACAAUGCGAAUCGCAGAACAGCGGUCUCUCAACCUCGUACACCAGAAGCGAUGGGGUAAGCAGUCUGCCAAUGUAACUUCGCUGAUCAAGAAAUCGCAGAACUACUUCAAGCGUCUCUACAAGUCAGCGCACGCACAGUGGCUGACAUCAACACUAGAAGAAGCCACCACAAAGGACAUCUGGAGCUUCCCGAAGUGGGGCAAAGGAGUACGUACCUAUCCAUCCCCAGCCAUAUCUCAGGGACCAGGCCGGGAACCGGCAGUACAACACAGCGACAAGUGUGACGCUCUACGGGACGAGCUCUUCCAACCUCCCCCACCAUUACAAGGAGCAGCAUACCCCGAUUUGACAGCCGCCAUGGCAGGAGACCUCCCGGAUAACGACGUGACAACAGACGAAGUACACCAAGCAAUCUAUGACCAGGGAGCCGACAAAGCCCCGGGAUUAUCACAAGUCCCAUUCCGCCGGAUCAGAUGGGCAUGGGAGGUAAAAGCUGACCUGAUAACCGCACUGAUGCACCACUGCAUCAAGAUAGGCUAUCACCCCAAGGAAUGGCGCAAGUCCAUUGCGGUCGCUCUGGCUAAGCCACGCAAACCAGAUUACUCCAACCCGAGAGCCUACCGACUCAUCCAACUCCUGGAAUGCCUAGGCAAAGUCCUGGAAUGCAUUGUAGCCAACCGCCUUGCAUACCUCGUCACAGUACACAACCUUGUACCAGCCAACCAAUUCGGAGGACGCCCGAGCAGCUCCACAGAUGAUGCAAUACUCACCUUUGUCAAUGAUGUAGAGGCUGCGCAGAACCACGGUAAAGUCACUUCUGCACUAACAUUUGAUAUCAAGGGAUUCUUCGACUUCGUCAACCACAAACGGUUACUCACAGUCAUGCGCGAGAAAGGCAUCCCACUACAACUAGGGUCCCCGGUAUCUCCCAUUCUAUCCAUUCUAUACGCUGCUGAAAUACUCGAGAUCUUCGAACAGAAAGCCAUAGUGGACACACAAGCCAAGGCAUCCGGGCUCAAACUACCCGACAAACCAACGGCCGUCCACCUCGUUAUGUUCGUGGAUGAUGGAAAAUUGUACGUCUCCUCAGACUCAUUCCUUACUAACACCAGAAUAUUAGGAAUCGCAUAUACGGAGGUUGCGAACUGGCUCGAGGGCAUAGGCCUAGCCCCCGACAUGGUCAAGCGCGAACUCAUGCACUAUUCCAAGCGAUGCCGCGUGGAUGGCGAUGCACCGCCCAUCACCCUCCCUGACGCGAAGGGCGAACCUACCAUCAUCAAGGCUGAAACCACGACGAAGUGGCUAGGCGUACACUUAGACCGCAGACUAACAUUCGACUUUCACGUCAAACAGAUUGCCGGCAGAGCAGAGAAAACAAGCCACCUCCGGACGCUUUACACCGCAUGUGUCCGCCCAGUCAUGACGUACGCAAGCGCGGCAUGGUGGACGGGCAAGAAAGUACACGAACAUUGGUUAGAACGCGUCCAACGACGAGCACUGCGACUUAUCUGCGCAGCGUUCCGUACUACCCCAAUCGUAGCUCUCGAACUUGAGGCUUCGAUACUCCCGAUCCGACACCACCUCGAACUGACUAGCGACCGCGCGGCGACCCGGUUCAACAAACUAACCCCAUUCAACCCAAUUUUACAGCGCCUACCGGAUACAUGGAGAAGUGUACACACACAGAACAGGAUACCAGGCCCACCACUGCCAACGCACUGGAAGGUCACAGCCAGACGGAAGUCCCCGCCGAAGUCUACACGACUGACCCGACUGGCGCUACGAUCUGACCCACUCGCCGAACGCAUCCUCCCAUUAUGCCUACCACCAUGGAAGAAGACCAUGCAGGAAUACCAAGGACGUCUAGUGAUCACACCGGCCCAGAAAGGCACAGCAAAAGAUGAAGCCAUGACGGCCCACAACAACAACAUAAAUGGCUCCAUGCUGGAAACAGCAGGGAGACGGCGAGUCGGAGCUGGAUACGUAGGCCUAAUCAACAUGAAGACUACCAUCCACCGCAAGAUCGGCAUGGGCAAGAAGGCAGAGGUAUACGACGCGGAACUCGCUGGCCUUGCAUGGGCGGCGCGCGAUGCUACCCACUAUAUCCAUACGACUAACCAUGCUGUCCAACACCUCCACUUCUAUGCGGACAACACCUCCGCCAUCUCGACAAUUUUCGAACCGAAGACAGGCCCCGGGCAAGGCCACGGACGCAUCUUCAGACAGACCAUCACGGAGUUCCUCGAUGCGAACCCUGAGAACACCGUGGAGAUCGCGUGGUCCCCAGGACACAAGGGCAUUAUCGGCAAUGAACGAGCAGACAAACUCGCCAAGCAAGCCACGAAGAUCGUCGACGGCACGUUCACGACCACACGCGCCCACGCGCUGCGCCGAGCGAACGAAAAAGCUUUCGAGAGGUGGACGGCGGAAUGGAAAAAGACGGCGCCCACUGGACGAUUUGCAAGUGCGAACCGCCUACCCCCACAGACACACCCACGCAAACCGUUCACGGACCUCCCGAGAGAGGUCUUUGGAAGGCUGGUCCAAUGCCGAACUGGCCAUGCAUUCCUAGGCGAGUAUUAUGCACAAUUCGUCCCUUCUGAAACAGUUGACUGCCCCUGCGGCGCCCACUUCCAGACACGAAAACACAUUUUACAGGACUGCCCUCGAUACAACAACUACCGACAUAUCCUACGCGAGGCCAGCAAGACCAUCGACAUACCCACCAUCCUAGGCACGACCGCCGGAAUCGCAGCGCUCGGCUGCUUCCUACAGGAGAGCGGGGCCCUGACGAAGACCGGAGUGAAGAGGAAGGAGGCGAAGAUUGCACAGUGGGAAGAUGAGGAGGAACCCGCGCAAGACGAAUGGAACGAGAGCGCCUCGGAGAGAGAGUCCAACAGCGACGACGACGUCGACGAAGCAUAG